UAUUGUCGUCACCUAGUAUUUUUAUCUAUAUAAGUAGCAGGUCAUUUGUGACACUCCAUGCAUAUUGGAAACAUAUAUCAUAAAAUUUAUUAGGUAUAGCAAUUGUAGCCAUGAAAUCCUCUUGUGCCAUCUUAGCUCUCCUUCUCCUUGUUUUGUUUGCUAGUACUAUUGAGUCAAGGAUUGAACCAGGAGCAUACUGGAGAAGUGUGAUGAAAGAUCAGCCUAUGCCAAAGGCAAUUCACAGGCUUAUUCCUUCAUAUUCAGUAGCAGAGCAUUCCAACGAAAAAUCCAACUGCAAUGAAGAAGAAGUGAACUCUUUUGGUGAGAACUCUAGAUCCAAACCUGAUACCACAAUAAUUUACAAUGAUCAUGUUAAAACAGCAAAAUCUUCUGUCAAGCAAUUCGAAGCCACGCCGGAUGUCACAGUUAUUUACAAUGAUGAUGUUAAAUCGACAAAAUCUUCUUCGGUGAAGAACUUUGAUGGCUCUUCUGAUGCCACAAUUAUUUAUAAUGAUGCUAAACCGGCAAAAUCCUCUGGUCAGAGUUUUGAGGCUGCCCCUGAUGUCACAAUCAUUUACAAUGGCGCUAAACCAGGUGAGAGUUUUAAGGUUGCCCCUGAUGCCACAAUCAUUUACAAUGGUGCUAAACCAGCAAAAUCCUCUGGUGAGAGUUUUGAGGCUGCCCCUGAUGCCACAAUCAUUUACAAUGGCGCUAAACCAGCAAAAUCCUCUGGUGAGAGUUUUGAUGUUGCCCCAGAUGCCACAAUCAUUUACAAUGGUGCUAAACCAGCAAAAUCCGCUGGUGAGAGUUUUUAUGUUGCCUCUGAUGCCACAAUUAUCUACAAUGGUGCUAAACCAGCAAAAUCCUCUGGUGAGAGUUUUGAGGCUGCCCCUGAUGCCACAAUCAUUUACAAUGGUGCUAAACCAGCAAAAUCCUCUGGUGAGAGUUUUGAUGUUGCCCCUGAUGCCACAAUUAUCUACAAUGGUGCUAAACCAGCAAAAUCCUCUGACGAGAGUUUUGAGGCUGCCCCUGAUGCCACAAUCAUUUACAAUGGUGCUAAACCAGCAAAAUCCUCUGGUGAGAGUUUUGAUGUUGCCCCUGAUGCCACAAUUAUCUACAAUGGUGCUAAACCAGCAAAAUCCUCUGACGAGAGUUUUGAGGCUGCCCCUGAUGCCACAAUCAUUUACAAUGGUGCUAAACCAGCAAAAUCCGCUGGUGAGAGUUUUUAUGUUGCCCCUGAUGCCACAAUUAUCUACAAUGGUGCUAAACCAGCAAAAUCCUCUGGUGAGAGCUCUGAGGCUGCCCCUGAUGUCAAAAUUAUUUUCAAUGGUGCCAAACUAGCAAAACCCUCUAUUGAGAGUUUUGAGGCUGCCCCUGAUGCCACAAUUAUUUACAAUGAUCCUAAACCAGUACAACCCUAUGAGGCUGCCCCUGAUGUCACAAUUAUUUAUAAUGAUGCUAAACCAGCUAAAUCCACCAUCAAGUACUUUGAGACCACCCCUGAUGCCACAAUUAUUUACAAUGGUGCCAAGCCUGCAGAAUCCACUGUUCAAGACUUCGAAGGCACAUCCGACACAAUUGUUUACCAUGAUGAUGCAAGAAAAGCAGAAUCCUUUGUUAAGGACUUCGUGACUGCACCUGAUGUCACAGCAACCUACCAUGGUGGCUUUGGGUCCUUAUAAAGGAAAGAAGCCAUCUGCAAAGCCAAGGCCAAAGAAUCCUGUUUAUGUGGAGUGACAGUAUUGGAUUUCUGUUGUUUAAAAACUAUGUUUAAAUCAAAUUAGGUUUCUAUGUAUCUGUAUGCUUUAGGAAUGAAAUAAGCUAGCAAGAUAUGUGAUGCAGCAUGAUUAAUUAUUGUAAAACAUAUGGUUUCUGUAUUAUGUAUGUUAUGUGUUUUCUAACUAAUAUUAGUGUGGUUAUGUUCCUAUAAAGGGUUUCUAGA